GGAAAUCCGGCCAUGAAUAUAUGGUUGUUGCCAAAAGAUUGACACCUCACACACAUUUUAAAUCAAAAGAGUGGGUAGGAUUUAACUAAAAUACGCUGUUCAUUUUUCAAAUUUGGGGAGUAAUUCUUGAUAUUGGUCAUAAACGAGUAGAGUUCAACGAAGGCGUGUUUAGGUGUUCUCCGCCCACCCCGGAAAACCGAAGCGAGCUUCGUUAUUUUUAUUUUUCGAGGUGACGUGGAGUCGGACGUCUGAAAGCGUUGCGUUAGUUCGUCGCCGGCUUCUCGUACUUGAGUAUUUAUCAUAUAAAUGGUUCGCGAGCAGAAAGCUUCGUCGAGAAUCCACUCAAAUGUUUGGAUUUUAAAUCUGCACAGAUUUUUGACGUCGACCGUCGGGCCUGAAGUUUUAGGAUUCCGACGCUGAAACAGGAGUUAUGUACUUUGAAAGGGGACACGUGCCAGGCUGCCGCCAGAGAACAAUGAGCAUACCUUGCAUCUUGCUCCUGUGCUUCCUCUCUGUCCGGACACUUGGGUAUAAGACUGGGGACAACGUUACCAUGUAUGUCAAUAAAGUGGGUCCUUAUCAUAACCCCCAGGAGACGUAUCACUUCUACACCUUGCCUGUUUGCAGGCCAGACAAGGUGCAUCACAAGUCCCUGAGCCUGGGAGAAGUUCUGGAUGGCGACAGAAUGGCCGAAUCAUUGUAUCAAAUUCGCUUCAGAGAGAAUGUUGAGAAGAAAACUCUUUGCCAGCUCCCGCUUUCAGAAAAACAGGUGAACCAGCUGCGCGAGGCCAUCGAGGAGCUGUACUACUUUGAAUUUGUGCUGGAUGAUAUUCCAAUCUGGGGUUUUGUUGGAUACAUCGAGGAGAGCGGGUUCCUGCCUCAUAGCCACAAGGUGGGUCUGUGGACUCAUCUGGAUUUCAACAUCGAGUACAACGGCGACUCUGUCAUCUUCGCCAACGUCUCUGUGAAGGACGUCAAACCUGUUCCCUUGGAGGAGGGUGGCGGAGGAGCCUUAGGUGGCGUGGGGGUGGGUGGCGGCAGCCUGACGGUCAUUCAUACAUACAGCGUGCGCUGGUUCGAGUCUCCCCUGACUCACGCCCGGCGAGCCGAGCGCCUGAGGGACUACUCGUUCUUCCCCAAAACGCUUGAGAUCCACUGGCUGUCCAUCAUCAACUCGCUGGUGCUCGUGGUGCUGCUGCUGGGCUUUGUCAUUAUCAUCCUCAUGCGGGUUCUUAAGAACGACUUUGCCAGGUAUAAUGUGGAGGAGGAUGCAGGCUGUGAUGACCUGGACCAAGGAGACAACGGCUGGAAGAUCAUUCACACCGACGUCUUUCGGUUUCCUCCUUACAAAAGCCUGCUGUGCGCCGUACUUGGCGUGGGCGCCCAGUUCCUUACCCUUUCCACAGGAAUUAUAAUCAUGGCACUCCUGGGAAUGUUUAACGUGCACCACCACGGUGCCAUCAACUCUGCGGCCAUCGUCUUGUACGCUCUGACCAGCUGUGUGUCGGGUUACAUUUCAUGCAGCUUUUACACGCAAAUAAACGGCAAGCGUUGGGUGUGGAACAUCAUCUUGACGUCAACUCUCUUUUCCGCUCCUCUGUUCUUGACAUGGAGCAUCGUCAACUCGGUCCACUGGUGGAGCGGUUCCACACAGGCCUUACCAGCAACCACUGUGCUCCUCCUGCUGGGCGCCUGGGUGUUGGUGGGCUUCCCGCUCACCGUCAUCGGCGGGAUCGUCGGCAAAAACCGAGCGGGCGGUUUCCAAGCGCCCUGCCGCACGCGGAACAUUGCCCGGCAGAUCCCGACACAGCCGUGGUACAAGCAUACUGCUGUGCACAUGGGCAUCGGUGGCUUCUUGCCGUUCAGUGCCAUCUCAGUGGAGCUGUACUACAUCUUCGCUACAGUGUGGGGCAGGGAACACUACACGCUCUACGGCAUCCUACUGUGCGUUUUCGCCAUCCUCCUUUCAGUGGGCGCCUGCAUCUCGGUGGCCCUCACCUACUUCCUGUUGUCCGGAGAGGACUACCGCUGGUGGUGGCGGAGCGUGCUGAGCACGGGCUCGACGGGCAUCUUCAUCUUCAUUUAUUCCGUGUUCUACUACAGGAACAGGUCCUCCAUGAGCGGCCUGGUACAGAGUACGGAAUUCUUCGGCUACUCUCUGCUCACGGCACUAGUCUUCUCACUCAUGUUGGGCAGCGUGUCCUUCUGGGCCUCGCUAGCUUUUAUUCGCUACAUCUACCGCAGUCUUAAAAUGGACUAAGAACUCAUCCCGAAGCUGUGAAGGAAAGCUCUUAUCUUACCACACAGAAGGGCAGUCUUUGUUCCCCCGUUCUUUUCACGCUCGCCAACAUAAGAGGAGAACGAAACUGGGAUAGGCUGGAGCCAGCGGUCCAAGUUUAGAGGUCGUAAUUUAUGACUGAUUGUCAGAAGACGGAUGCAUGUGGGCCAAGAAAAUGAAGUAUCGGAAAGGAAUGAUGUGACCCUCCAAACAGGAAUAACUUUUAUUUUGAUCUGAUUUGUUCAACACUUCUGUUACUGUUGACAUGCCCUUGUGAUUUUGGGGG